GUAUGUUACGCCGCCAUCUUGAAAGCGUAAUUGUUGUCAUGUUUACGUUGUGUGUGAAAGGUGAAAUUUGUAAUAUUUGAUACAAAAUUCUGAACAAGGUUGAUGUGAUAUCAAGCCGGAAGCAGUAAGCUACCACUAUGUUUUACGCACAUUUCGUGCUGGCCAAGAAGGGCCCCUUGGCCAAAAUUUGGCUGGCGGCUCACUGGGACAAGAAGCUCACAAAGGCCCAUGUAUUUGAGACCAACAUUGAGAAGUCGGUCGAUGGUAUCCUCAAGCCAAAAGUGAAGAUGGCUUUGCGUACAUCCGGCCAUCUGUUGCUGGGUGUCGUAAGGAUUUACUCCAGGAAGGCCAAGUACUUGCUGCAGGAUUGUAAUGAGGCCUUUGUCAAAAUUAAGAUGGCCUUCAGGCCCGGCAUGGUUGAUUUGCCUGAGGAACAUAGAGAGGCAGCUAUGAAUGCUAUCACACUGCCUGAAGUCUUUCACGACUUUGAUACAGCUAUGCCCGAGUUAAAUGAGGUUGACAUUGAGGCACAGUUUUCACUGAACCAGUCAAGAGCUGAAGAGAUCACAAUGCGUGAAGACUAUGGCUCCUUGAACUUAGUCACACAUGAUGAUGGCUUUGGUGAUAUGGGGUUCGACACAGAUAACCCUGACAUCAUGCGAGAGGCUAUUGGCUCUGAAGGUGGAUUGGAACAGAGCAACCUGCUGUUCGCGGACGGGUCGUCGCUGGAGCUGGCGGGCAAGGCGGGCGGCGCGCUGGGCCCCGCGCCCGCGCUGCAGGGCCCCGCGCGGCGCAUGGAGCCCGCGCCCGCGCACAUGGACGACGGCUUCGGCGGGACCAUCGGGGACGUGCCCGACUUCGGACAUGCUGGUGGUCUGUUUGAGGGUGACUUGUUCGGUGAAGUGACCGGCAGCAGCAGCUCAGCCGCGGCGGCCUCGGGCAUGCCUGGAACUUCAGCUCAGCCACAGUCACUACAGGCGGAGAUAGACGCGGCGGGUGUGAGCGGCGGCGAGACGGGCGGGGACGUGGCCGCGGCCGACGCGCCCGACUCCGACGACGACAUGGGCGACCACUACGAUGCAGGGAACUCGCCGCAACACAGCUGGGGUGGGUCCCCGGUUCCGGACAGUGUUCCGCCGCCGCCUGCGCCUGCGCCGCCAUCACCGCUGCCGCAUGUUCCUAUGGAGGUGGACCCUCCCGCCCAGCAGUCCCCGGCGCGCGAACAGGCCGCGCCCGCCGCCGACAACACCACGCUGCUGCACAACGACGAGGAGAGCUUCGCGCUCGCGCCUGUCGACGCUACGGUACUCAAAGGUAUCACAAAAGCAAAACGCAAGCGUAAGCUGAUUGUCGACGAAGUGAAGAAUAUAUCCGGUGAGGAGAUGAAGAAUCAGCUCAGCAAUACCUCUGAUAUUGUAACCACGUUGGACCUCGCUCCGCCUACCAGACGCCUCAUGCACUGGAAGGAGACCGGUGGAGUCGAGAAACUGUUCACCUUGCCUGCUAGGCCGAUACCUUCGAGAGUCCUGUUUAAGAAAUACCAGCGUAACAUGACGCUGCGCAGCGAGGCGGAGGAGGGCGAGGCGGCGCGCUCCCCGGACCCCGCCGAGCCCGCGCGCAGGCUGCCCCGGAAGCGCAGGCAUGACGAGAGUAUGUUGCCUCCCGAAACACCAGCGCCUUCUCAUACAGCAGACUUGGAACCUCCCACACCAGUGCCUCAGGAGUACGAGCCUUCUGUCGGCCUGGCGCCGGGCGCGGGCGGCGGGCUGACGCCGGGCGCGCUGUCGGCGCUGCUGCAGGCCGGCCUCACGCCCGCCGGGCUCGCGCAUGGAGGCCUGGCACAUGGCGGCAUGACGCCGGCAGGUCUGCAACACGGCGACAGCCAACAGGUCGACUUCUCCUCCGGCGGCCUCACACCCGCCGGCCUACACCACGGUGGAAUGACUCCAGGUUUACUAGAGAGUGGUAUGACACCGGGUGGUCUCGUCCACGGAGGCCUUACCCCUGCCGGCUUACAUCACGGCGGAAUGACGCCAGGAGGUCUCGAUCAUGGCGGUAUGACGCCAGCAGGUCUCCAACAUGGUGGCAUGACGCCAGCGGGUCUUCAACACAGCGGCAUGACACCAGGAGGACUCCAACAUGGCGGCAUGACUCCUGCAGGACUACAGCACGGUGGUAUGACCCCGGCGGGACUACAACAUGGAGGAAUGACCCCAGGCGGACUUCAACACGGAGGACUAACGCCCGCGGGAUUACACCACGGCGGUAUGACUCCAGCGGGAUUACAACACGGAGGAAUGACCCCAGCGGGACUACAGCAUGGCGGCAUGACGCCUGGUGGCGUGCAACACGGCGCGCUGCUGCAGCAUGGCAUGGAGCAGCUGCCCAUGAUGCCGCAGCUGGGCGCGGACCACGUGUCGCUGCUGACGCCGGCUGACCGCGGCAGCCACUUGCCGCUGCUGGCGCCCGCUGAGCGCGGCGGCCACCUGCCGCACUCGCUGCCCAUGGAGCCGCUGCUGCACGGGCUCGACGACCACGCAGACUAUCAGAAUGCCAUGCAAAUGACAAACUUAGGAUACGACGAUCAACAUGGGCAUCACAGUCCGCAGCACGACUACGAUUUACCGUUGACGCCAGAAAACGCGGAAGAGGGUGAACGUGAAGCGGGCGAAACGGACGAGCAGUUCGAAGAGCGCGUGCUAAACCGUCGUGCCGCACAGCUGUUCGCGGUCAUGAAGCCCAAACUAUCGGCCGGACUCCAGCUUUCCUUCACAGAUCUUGCACCCAGACACAAUAACAGAAAACAGGUGGCACAAAAAUUCUACAGUUUACUUGUACUCAAAAAACAUCAAGUGUUAAAAUUAGAACAGCAUGAAACAUAUGGACCUAUAACCAUAUGCAAGGGUAACCAGUUUGAAACUGAAGCGAUUUAAUACAUUACUAAUAUAUUAUUUAUAAUAGAAUGUAAUAUAAAGAAAAUAUCAAGACUAGUUCAUAAAAAAAGAUUUUUAUGGAGAAGAGACGAAGGUUUAGUUGUAAAGUUAUGGACUUCACGGGGAAUCGCGUUGAGCCAAAAAUAUUGUGUAAGUUGAUCUUGUAAUUCGAAUUCAUGAAAGCAUUUUAUUUUUUAAAUAUUGGACCAAAUAAUAUUACGAGUGUUGAUCUCACAAAAAAUCUAAUUGCAAUGCGUAUUGAUAAUAUGAAACAGUAGUUGUUAUCAUGAAUUUGAUUUACUUGUGAUGAGCAGUUUGUGUUUGGAUAAUUAUGUUUGAUAGACAUGUGUAGGAAAAUGCCUUAUUUUGUUUUGCUGUAGGCUAAGUAAAAUUAUUGUAAAGAUGUUUUACAAAUAUUGUUUAAAUAGUCAAUCAUAGAAGAAAUAGUACCUAUUUCCUGUAUUGUUAACCCUUGAUUCCCAAAUCGUGUAUGCAUGUUUACUGAUGCUGCUAUAUUGUGUUAUUGCCUUAUACAUUUAUUUAAAAUUGUACCUCUCAAGGAAGUGUAGACAUUAAAUUUGUUUAUUAUUAACUAGUAGCUUGUUGUCCUGAUGUUGGGAUUAAGAGAUUUUAGUGAAUGUGUGUUUAUUGACAAAUGUAUGUAAUAUUUUAGUAGCAGAAGAGUGACUGAGAGAGGAAAUAUGUAGGAAAACUAAGCAAGUGAUAACUUCAACACCAAAUGAUGUGUUAUGACUAACUUUAACUCUUCCCCUGUUUUAGCUUAAAUUUGGUUUUUACAUUUCUUUGAGAUCUCUAUAAUACUGUGUUAUUGUAAACGCAAGGUGAAUACAAACCAAAGAAUUGCUUUGGAUUCAUUUUGGCACUCCCUACAUUACAAAAGAAAAUUGUAAAAUCUCUAGAACCUAAUGCAUUAUAAAUGCCUGAAACCUUUUAGUGACUAUCAUGUAUUAUUAUUUGGACAUUACUUCUAUAACUUUAAGCGUCUACCUCCGCUAUACUAGAAACUUGUCAAUUUUGAUUUUCCCCUUUAAGUUCGGAGGUAUUCACUUAGAUAUUUUUAAUAAAAACAAACAUAUUUGCAAUAAAUUUGUUGAUAUAAA